AUGAAGUACUCCAACCUCUUCACCCUCUUGCUUGCUGGCUCCGCCUUCGCGGGGCCAACAAAGCCCACCGCAACCCCUUCCGCCCGCGUCGAGUACUGGACGGAGAAGGGAGAGAUGCUGCCUCACCGCGUCGUCAGUGCCACGCACACCGUGUGGCCUACGGAUGGGGUUAGCAUCUCUCCCUCUCGCCACCACAUCCCCGGGCCAGGGCCAGCUUCCCUCAUCUGGGAGCGCGAGGAGGCCCACAAGACUCUCAGCACGGUCUACGUGACAAAGCCCGUCCACAAGAGCGACCUCUCCCCCGGCGUCGAGAUCAUCGGCCGCGCCACCGUGACGCCCGCGCCAACCCCCGUCCUCGACCGCCGCACCGCGAAGAAGAAGGACAAAAAGAAGAAAAAGGACAAAAAGAAGCACGGCGACGGCGACGAGGACAUCAAGGACGGCAAGGAGCACGGCAAGAAGCCCACCAAGACGAAGCACCCCAACGACAACGAGGACGGCACCCCGGACGACCUCUGCAGCCCCGCCUGGAAGAAGCGCUUCAUGCACCGCUGGAACGGCAACAAGAUCGCCCUGCACCAUGCCAUGGCCAAGUACUGCGGCAAUCGCGAGUGGAAGGGCCAUCUGGAGGAUGAGUGCGACGGCUACAAUGAUCCUGAGGUCGCGGACGAUGAGUCGGUGUGUACGGUUGAUCCGAAGGGCGUGCCGGUUGGGGCGGAAGGGGGGCCAUGA